UUUAAUGAUGAGAAGAAAUUGAUGAACUUUCACCAGAAUCUUCAGGAUAUCAAAGAAGACCAGCUUAGUUUGGCCUCAAUCCACUACAUGCGAUCCCAUUACCAAGAAGCUAUUGAUAUAUACAAGCGGAUACUGCUGGACAACAGGGAGUACCUGGCCCUCAAUGUUUACGUGGCCCUCUGCUACUACAAAUUGGAUUACUAUGAUGUGUCCCAAGAAGUCCUGGCUGUUUACCUUCAGCAAAUUCCUGAUAGUACCAUCGCACUCAACCUUAAGGCUUGCAAUCACUUUCGCCUUUACAACGGCAAAGCAGCUGAGGCAGAACUCAAAAGCUUGAUGGACAACGCCUCUUCACCCUUUGAAUUUGCUAAAGAACUCAUCAGGCACAAUCUGGUGAGUCAGUUUCUCAGAUUGAUUGUCUUGUGUCCUGUUUUGGUAUAUCACAGCAAUUAAAGAUGAAUAAAAGGAGAUUCCCAGCAAAUAGUGCACUA